ACCCAAGUUCCUCCCUCGGUCUUCUGCUGCAACAGAGCGCGGACUCGGUACGAGCGGUUUCAAGGGACCAGUACUGACCGAAGAUCUUCUGUGGAAAGUUGCAGCUCAUUUUGAAGUUUAUAUAUUACUAGACUGCACUAGUAAAUAACGCAACAAUGGCUGGUUUGAAGUACAUGAGCGGUUUUGGAAAUGAGUUUGCAUCUGAGGACCCUCGCUGUCCAGGAUCUCUACCUGAAGGACAGAACAAUCCACAAGUGUGUCCAUAUGGCCUAUAUGCUGAGCAGCUCUCUGGUUCUGCCUUCACUUGCCCACGGUCGGCCAAUAAGAGAAGCUGGCUGUACCGCAUUUUACCCGCUGUGCGCCACAAGCCUUUCACUCCGAUGAGCUGUGGAGAUCUCACGGAGAACUGGAAUGAAGUGGAGCCCGACCCCAACCAGCUACGAUGGAAGCCGUUUAACAUCCCUAAAUCUUCUGAGAAAAAAGUGGAUUUCAUAUCGGGUCUACAUACAGUCUGUGGAGCUGGAGAUUCAAAAUCUCGGAAUGGAAUUGGCAUCCACAUGUAUACCUGUAACACUUCAAUGAUUGACAGAUGUUUCCAAAAUGCAGAUGGUGAUUUCCUUAUUGUGCCCCAACAAGGUGAAAUCCUGAUUACUACAGAAUUCGGGAAGAUGAUGGUGGAGCCCAAUGAGAUUUGUGUCAUUCAGCAAGGGAUGCGUUUUAGUGUUGAUGUGUUUGGAGAAACCAGGGGGUACAUUCUAGAGGUGUUUGGGGCCCACUUUGAGCUGCCUGACCUGGGUCCUAUAGGGGCUAAUGGACUGGCUAACCCUAGGGACUUCCAAACACCUGUGGCUUGGUACGAGGACCGUACUGUAGCCACAGGUUACACCGUUGUCAACAAGUACCAGGGAAAGCUCUUCUCAUGUCAACAGGACUUUUCGCCAUUUAAUGUGGUGGCAUGGCACGGAAACUACACACCGUGCAAAUACAACCUGGAAAACUUCAUGGUCAUCAACUGUGUGGCGUUUGAUCACGCAGAUCCGUCGAUUUUCACCGUUUUGACAGCCAAAUCCACACGUCCAGGUGUGGCCAUUGCAGAUUUUGUCAUCUUUCCUCCUCGUUGGGGUGUAGCCGAUCACACCUUUCGGCCUCCUUACUACCACAGGAACUGCAUGAGCGAGUUUAUGGGAUUAAUCAAAGGCCACUAUGAAGCAAAGGAAGGAGGUUUCCAGCCUGGAGGAGCCAGUCUCCACAGCAUCAUGACUCCACACGGCCCUGACUUCGACUGUUUUGAGAAGAACAGUACAGCUGUUCUGAAACCAGAGAGAGUUGCUGAAGGCACUAUGGCAUUCAUGUUUGAGUCAUCCUUCAGCAUGGCUGUGACCAAGUGGGGAUUGGACACCUGUCACCGUCUCGAUAAGAGCUACUAUAAAUGCUGGGAGGCUUUAAAAAGUCACUUCAAUCCAAACUGGAAACCCAGCAGCAAGUAGCAGUAGUCAUAAUAUUUGUCUGAUAAUAUAUGAUUUUGUGAUAUCAAAAUAAAGCAUGCUGUUGGAAUAUAACCACUAAAACAAAACGGAGUGGUUCUGCAGGUUUUAUAAAGAUGCAUUUAAGACAUUUUAAAGACCUUUUUAAAACAAAGUAAAGAAAAUUUAAGGAACUCAGUACAUCAAAAUGUAAAUGUCUAGGAGCACACCAUGAGUCGUAUUAAUAAAGUUUGAAAAUACAACAUUCAA